CUAGGCUGGGGAAACCCCAAGUUUCUAUCCUCCCGGUUGCGCCCCUCGCUUUGCGGCGUUUGGAGAACGAGUGGGCCAAGGGCUCAGAGCCCUGGUUAGCGGGCACUGGGGACCACAUAAGUAUUUCCUCUCGGAGAAGCCCCGAGCUGUCCUGGUCCAAAGGACGGCGGGCUGGGAAAAGCCCUGGCACGCUCCUGGGCCCCUAGGUCCUCUCUGCCCCUCUGACGGCGCACGUUCCAGACCCUUGUGCCGCCUGAAGGAGGCUCACCUUUCCUUUCCCGAGGAAAGGGCUCCCUGGGGGCUGCGGGCGGUGCAGCGGGUUACCCUUAUCAGAAAUGUAAAAGGGGAUUUUGGAAACCCGCUCCUCCCACCCGCACCCCCCACUGUCUCGCGACGCCGCCGCCGCCUACAGGUGGAGAAGUCACCAGUGGGGAGGAACGGCAGCGAAAGCUUACAAGGCCUCUCCCUGCCCCCGAAAUUCUUCUCGACGGGAACCUUCACCGCCUGGGCCCUCUGUGCCCUGCAAUCCAGGGGCUCAGCCGCCGCGGAAGCCGGCGCGUCUCUGGCCCCGCCGAGGGCUCGCUGGAACCGGCCCUGGCCUAGCCCUGCACCCUCGCCGUUCGGGACUUACCGAACCGAGUCUGAAUCGGGCUGGAGGGUGGGGUUGGGGUGUUCUAAGGCCCGGCUCACUGUGCCGCGAUGGCGAAGGGCCCGACAGCACCAGACCAGAAGCAAAGGAAACUGGAGUCGCCCUUGGCUUCCUUUCCUUUUUCUCCGUGGCAGCUGUCAGGAGUGGGGACAGAAGGGGGGCGGGAAGGAGAGCGAAAUGAAAAAAUCAGAAUUUGUGGGAAGGCAAGGAACGGAUCCUCUCUGCCGUGGACCCGGACCUCCUUGUUUACUCGGGGGUGCUCUUCCUUCUCUGGGAAGUCGAUUGGAAUAUUAAGCCCAGGAGUUGCUUUGGGGACGGCUGGAAGUGCAAUGUCUUCCAAGUUCUUCCUAAUGGCUUUGGCCAUGUUUUUCUCUUUCGCCCAGGUUCUUAUAGAAGCCAAUUCUUGGUGGUCGCUAGGUAUGAAUAACCCUGUUCAGAUGUCAGAAGUAUAUAUCAUAGGAGCACAGCCUCUCUGCAGCCAACUGGCAGGACUUUCUCAAGGACAGAAGAAACUGUGCCACUUGUAUCAGGACCACAUGCAGUACAUCGGAGAAGGCGCGAAGACAGGCAUCAAAGAGUGCCAGUAUCAGUUCCGACAUCGACGGUGGAACUGCAGCACCGUGGAUAACACCUCUGUUUUUGGCAGGGUCAUGCAGAUAGGCAGCCGCGAGACGGCCUUCACGUACGCCGUGAGCGCCGCGGGGGUGGUGAACGCCAUGAGCCGCGCGUGCCGCGAGGGCGAGCUGUCCACCUGCGGCUGCAGCCGCGCCGCGCGCCCCAAGGACCUGCCGCGGGACUGGCUGUGGGGCGGCUGCGGCGACAACAUCGACUACGGCUACCGCUUCGCCAAGGAGUUCGUGGACGCGCGCGAGCGGGAGCGCAUCCACGCCAAGGGCUCGUACGAGAGCGCGCGCAUCCUCAUGAACUUGCACAACAACGAGGCCGGCCGCAGGACGGUGUACAACCUGGCCGACGUGGCCUGCAAGUGCCAUGGGGUGUCGGGCUCCUGCAGCCUCAAGACCUGCUGGCUGCAGCUGGCCGACUUCCGCAAGGUGGGCGACGCCCUCAAGGAGAAGUACGACAGCGCGGCGGCCAUGCGGCUCAACAGCCGCGGGAAGCUGGUGCAGGUCAACAGCCGCUUCAACUCGCCCACCACGCAGGACCUGGUCUACAUCGACCCCAGCCCCGACUACUGCGUGCGCAACGAGAGCACGGGCUCGCUGGGCACGCAGGGCCGCCUGUGCAACAAGACGUCCGAGGGCAUGGACGGCUGCGAGCUCAUGUGCUGCGGCCGCGGCUACGACCAGUUCAAGACGGUGCAGACGGAGCGCUGCCACUGCAAGUUCCACUGGUGCUGCUACGUCAAGUGCAAGAAGUGCACGGAGGUCAUGGACCAGUUCGUGUGCAAGUAGCGGGCGCGCCGCCCGCCCUCACCCCGCCCCGCUCCCAGGACCCACUUAUUUAUAGAAAGUACAGUGAUUCUGUUUUUUAAAUAUUGUUAUAUUUCCCCCGAGAAUUACAACAGGAACCAUUUUUUUUCUGUUCCCAUCUAAGAACUCUGUGGUUUAUUAUUAUUAUAAUUAUUAUUUGGCAAUAAUGGGGGGUGGGAACCAAGAAAAAAUAUUUAUUUUGUGCAUCUUUGAAAAGGUAAGACAAGACUUCUUUUGAUGGUGCAGGAUGAGGGGGGGUUACAUGUACCCUUAGCAGUGCGCGCAUCUAGAAGGGAAAAGAAACGUGUUUUCUUUUUCCCAACUACGGGGUCAGAUACGGGACAGGUAGCAUCCAGCUGGAAGCAGGUGGUGCAGAUCUACGUGCCAUUCAGCCUCUGUGACCAGAGUGAGUUGUGAAUGCUCUGGGGAGAGUGGAGAGGUCUUGAGAAACCAAGAGAAAUGGAGGCCUCACGCCCUGCCCCCUUCCCUAGGGUCUGCCAGCCUGAAACAUUUUCAGAAUGGUUAUUUAAAAAGUAACAGCAAGAAUCUUAUGUCCCUUAAAGGAAAAAGGUAUAUUAUUUGUGUCCGUUUUCUUGAACAUUCUGUCUGCAGAUGGUCUUGUAGCUACUGAAACUUUGGGGAGCAGGGAGGAAAGCCCCGGGAGUGGAAAACCUGAAAAACACCCGUGUCAAGAUACUGACUUGAAGCUGUUACAGGAAUUAGGUUAUCAGAUUGGAAAAGGAUCCCCGUGUGACUCUGGGUACUAGACUUUUUGUUUGGAGAGAGGAGGGGAGGUUGGCUUGAAUAUAAAGAAAAAUAUACUGUAAUUUUCUUAGGGAUACUUGGUUAAUAAAUAACAUUAAGGAAAAUAGGAAAUGAUUCCAGUUCCACGUCCUCAGCCCAAACGACAAGGUAAUUGCACGUAGGUCAGCACUGCACCAGAGCAGAAAACCUGUUUGAGGGGAAAGAGCGAAGUCGGCCCUCCAGCUUGACCCCAGGCCCCCUCUGAUUCCUCCUUGCUUUGCUGCGAUGUGAUGCUCGCCACGCUGCCAAACGGCCCCAGCAGCUCCACCGGGUCCCCUUUGAUUGCGGGGCAGGGAACGAAGCAUUACAGGUUCCACUUGGGAAACAGUCUGCUACUUAGGGAUUUUUUCCCCCUAAAAGUUUUAUUUGGAGGAGCACUAGUUUUAGGUGUUUUAAUGACAUGACAUGGGUAAUGAGGUUCCCUGAGGGGCUGCAGCUUUUCACUGUUGUGAUCCUGUGUGGAGACUGUCCACCCGGCUUUUCCUCUGUGCUGCAGGUGUGCCCGAAGACUUCCUAGGGUGCUUGAACCGUUGGCUUUAUGAGGAGGGAUGCGGUUUAAUGGUGCCUGAUGUCUCAAAGCCUUUUGUACGUAACACACACACACACACACACACACACACACACACACCACCCCCCCCCCCAUAUAAAUAUAAGUAUCUCAGUGCAGCCAGUGACUCUAGUUUACUCUGGGGUUAUUUCUCGGUCUAGAGCAUUGUUAUCCUUUGUUGCAGUCCAAUUGGGACUUUUCCAAAAGGUUUCCGGGUUGAGCCUGGGCCGUGGCCCCGAUGUGAUCGCAUCUUAAGCAUCGCGAAGCAGCCUUGUUUCUGAGGAAUCUGGAAGGUCUUAACUCGCAUGCAUGUUGGUUUGAAGGUGUCCUUCCUCACCCCCUUUUCUCCAGCCUCCAUGUCUGUACACUUCCCAGAAAGGGCAUUACUCCUUUGUCGUAGAGGUGGAAAUGAAGAGAGAUUCAGAACUCGGAAGCAUUGUCAAUGUGUCUGUUUUCCUUGGUUCAUUUUGCAGAGUGAAAACCAGUGCCUGUUAGAUCUGGAGGUACCUGUUUGAGUCCAGAAGGAAAAUUGAGCUUACGACAUACAUAGCGAGUUGAAGAAAAAUUUUUUUAAAGCAAGGACACCUUUUUCCUAAAAACGCCAUCAAAUGAAGUGUGUUCUAAUCUCAGACAUAUGCUGUUCUCCAAAUCUGGAAAGAUACACAUCUCCUGCAAGCCUGCUAAGUAAGCUUGGUGGGCUUCAUACGCACCUCCGCCACCUGUGGCUCUUAAUUUAUUGCACAAGGAUAUUCACUUCCCCUCAGUUGCAGUGAAUUGCAAGCAAAAGAUCUUGAAAUUAAAAAGCACUAAUUAGUUUAAAAUGUCACUUUUUUGGUUUUUAUUAUACAAAAACCAUGAAGUAAUUUUUUUUAUUUGCUAAACCAGAUUUUGUUCCUUUUUAGUGGUUCGUGUUUAUGAAGAGAGUUGAGUUUAACAAUCCUAGUUUUUAAAAGAAACUAUUUAAUGUAAAAUAUUCUACUUGUCAUUCAGAUAUUAUGUAUAUCUUCUAUGGCCUUUCUUCUGUACUUUUAAUGUACAUAUUUCUGUCUUGCGUGAUUUGUAUAUUUCACUGGUUUAAAAAACAAACAUUGAAAGGCUGAUGCCAAAUGGAAGAUAGAAUAUAAAAUAAAACGUUACUUGUAUAUUGGUAAGUGGCUUCAAUUGUGCUUCAGAUACUUCAUGUGGAGGUUUUUUUGAGAAACCAUGAGGGAUAGUUUAGGGUGACUCUGCGUCAGAAUAAAGAAGAGUGGAGAGUUUUACCAAAACCAAACUUUUGAAGCUUCAAAAGAUUUCUAUAUGUAACGGAACAAAAGGGGAAUUCUCUUUUCCACUAUAUGUUUCUCAAAAAAAAAAAAAUCAAGCAGAUGGCUUAAAGCUGGGUAUAGGAUUGCUCACAUUCUUGUAGCAUUAUGCAUGUAACUUAAUUGUUGUAGAGCGUGUUGCUGUUGUAACAUCCAGGAGAAGAACUGACAGGCACGUGCUUUUAGCCAUGACCAGUAUUUUUGUCCAGAAGUGUAUUUCUGUUUACCACGGCGUCUGUUGCACCUCUCUGUUGGAAGUUACCAUGGACGGAUUGUCUCUGGGCCCCUUUGGAAGUAGUUCUAUGAAAAGCAAACCUCAGUCUGCAGAGAAUGAAAUUCAUUGGAAACUGAAGGUUCGUUGUGUUAAGUGCAAUUAAUAUGAGUUCUUGUGCUUUCUGAAAGUGUACACCGAAAUCUGGCCAGCAGCGCAGAUGGAUACGUUAGCCCUUUGCUUUUUUUUUUUCUUUCCGGAUAACCUUGUAACAUAUUGAAACCUUUUAAGGAUGCCAAGAAUGCAUUAUUCCACAAAAAAACAGUAGACCAACAUAUAGAGUGUUUAAAAUAGCAUUUCUGGGCAAAUUCAAACGCUUGUGGUUCUAGGACCCACAUCUGUUUCAGUUUUUCCUCAGUUGUAUAUUGACCAGUGUUCUUUAUUGCAAAAACAUAUAUUCCAUUUAGGACUGUCAGCGUAUUUUUUUCUUCUCAUCCUGGAGCGCAUUCAAGAUCUUCCCAAUACAGGAAAAUUAACAAAAAAUUUAUAUGUACGCAGCAGCAAACAGAGCCAUGUUCAAAAUCGUAAUUAUGGGCUCAAGUAGAAGGAAGGCUCUUUUAAGUUUUGGUCCAGUGUAUCUGUUCAGUUCUUCAAGCUUCUGACCCCCUUGGACGGACGUUGUGUAUGUUUAGUAGCCUACCCAAACCCUUCUCUCAGACAAUUUUGCCAAUCCCAAUCUUCAAUUUGCUUUUGCAAAACAUUAUUCAAGCCAGUGGAAUUCUCAAAUAUGACGCUCCAUGAGUACUCCAAAAUAGAGACUGCUCCAGGCUGAGUCCCAGCAAGAGAUCUUAGCAAAAGCAGUCCCCAAAGACUGAGUGGUGCAUAAGAGAAAUAGGGAGAGACAGACAGAAAAGGUACUUACGACUUAAAGCAUAUAUGUCAUGCAAAUAUGCCCUAAGGCAUAGGUCUAAAAUACUGCAUUAUCUCUGUAAAAUAUACUUUUAAAAUAUUUAUUUUUUUAAAAAAGUAUUUUUUAGUCUUCCCUCUCUCUUUGGGGUGGGGAAAACCAGAUGCCAUGCUUUGAAAGUGAGAUGAAGAAGUGAGUUUUUAGUAAUACAGGACACAUUGGGCAAUGUUAGUAACUAAAACCUAGGAAAUGGAUCAUCUCAUUUACCUGUUCGCACAAACUUCACACUUUAACCUCACGAUUGGAUAAUACUUUAUUUUAGUGAAACGUCAUCUUGCUCGCCCACUUCAGACAAUGGAUGUAGAAUGAUUAAAGGUUGGUGUGAUUUUUUUAAAAAAAGCAAAGUGUAUCGACUUGAAUUUAGAUUUAAUUAAAAUGUCUUCAUAUUUCAGAAGCAAAACGGAAAUGAGGAACAUUGCCUCCUAGAUCAGUUUUAUAUGCAGUGUACAAUUUGCUGGGCUAGAAAUGAGAUAAAGAUUAUUUAUUUUUGUUCAUACCUUGUACUUUUCUAUUAAAAUCAUUUUAUGAAAUC